GGGCGGAGAAAGGGUCCUGAACAGCCACAGCGCUGGCGCGCCGGGACAUCCAUAGAAAUCAAAUGUCGCGUAUAUUUCGUGUUUUCAGUUCUUCUAAAUCUAGACUGUUCAAGUCUUUGGAUUCGCGACAACUUGUCACAGUACAGGAAAUAAAGACAUUCCAAGAGCAAGGGGUAGUGUGUGUCAGGGGAGCAUUCAGAGAAUGGGUCGACAAGCUGAAGAAAGGCGUAGGUGCGAAUCAUGCGAACCCCAGUAAAGAUGGCGAAUGGCUGAAAAGCGAGGAUUCACAGACGUUCUACUUCAAUGAUUAUUUCAAUUGGCGUCGGAUCCCAGAGUUUGAGGAAUUUGUGCGCUCGUCACCAGCUGCAGAAAUUGCCGGCAAACUGAUGAAGUCUGAGGUUUGUUUCAUUCCACCACCAAGAGAACUAAAAGAACACUUGCGUAAAGUUAAGAGUUGUGAAACAUUUCGUUAUAAUCAGGCUGUUGUAUUUUCUUUUUCAAUCAAAGCCUGAUUAAUUUGCAUAUCCGUUUCAUCAGAAGUAGUGGAGACCAGAGUGAUAAAGCCCAACAGUAUACAUGAUGUCAAGGCAAAAAAAUUAUACAUGAUGUCAAGGCUAAAAAAAAGAACUAAAAGAAAAAAAUUAAUCAGGGGAUAUUAUUAAAGCCCAACAGUAUACAUGAUGUCAAGGCAAAAAAAUUGAUGGGAUAUUAUUACAUAAUGGAAGCACCCUCCCCCCCCCAACACCCCCACCCCCGACUCCCUCCCGUUUUGCAGUUUACAGGUUAUCCCCUCCAUGUUUUUAUCUGAGGGAAGGGGAUAGAUUUACACAGAUUUCCCAUUGUAUACCUACCAACCAUCUUGCAUAAUUAUAAGUGCUUCAUAAGCCUGCGAAUGGAAAACUUCUACCACAUACAUACAGUACAAUUUUACACACAUGACACACAAUUCCAAAAACAAAGACAACCAAUUAGGUCUCACGAUACUAUUCCUCAAUAAUGGGCAAUUCCAGAAAAUAUCCAUACCCAACCACGGACGGCUUCCAAGUUUUUACCCCCCCUCCCCUUCAGAAUUUUGAGUUUUUAGGAGAGAAUUUCUCCUAUACCAUUCAAUGUAUUGGGCUCAAGUUUUCAGAGUUAGCUGAAACUGUUAUGCCCUUUCAAUAUUCAGAGUUUCAUGUUAUUAGCGUCAUCAGAUAGUGAUAAGCGUAUGUUAAUGGGGCAAAAAGUGUAAACAAAGAUUCGCCUGUACUCAUGUUCAUUUGCAAACUCAGUUUGAGGGUGAUUGUAUAUGUUGUGGUUCAAUUUUAUCCUUGAUUUAAAUUAUGUUUUCCUUUGUUUCAAACUCAUUAUUAUGCAUAACCAUACCCACUGAACAAACAAAAAUAAAAUUGAACCACGAAAAUAUAUCUGUCUGCUCUGUCAGAAAGUUUUAUUGUUUUUUCCUGAUCCUCUCUUCAGUUUGCAGUGUUCUAUCAUGAACAUGUGUUCACUAAAGAUCCUGGUACAGCUCGUGGGACACCAUGGCACCAAGAUCAACCAUACUACCCAGUAAAUGGAUGGAAGGUAAUUAUUAAGUUUUAAGUAAAAGUUCUCUUCUAUUUCACACUUUUCCCACCCCCACUUGGUCAGUGAAAAUUCUUAGAGACUGCAAUGCUUGAAGAAAGUCCUUUCCGUUUUUCUGCAACAAUUAGAUUUUAUUUCACCUCCGUCAACACUAACAGUCCUCUCAGGAAACAUAGGCUUUCUUCAGUGGGUUCAAAAGGUCUCAUCUGUAGGUUGUAACUGGUUGAUUUUGAUCCAUGUUAUUGAUUUUGUUUUAUGAUAAUUAUGAUUGACAACUAACUUUCCCAGAAUGUAUUGUUAUUUCCCUGUCAUCCGAUUGGUCCAAUUUGGCUAGGUGGCUCCCAUUAUAGUAGUCACACUGUAAAAUAUGUUAUUUUAUCGAUAGAACUGUUCAUUAUGGCUACCACUGACUCCUGUUUCUAAAGUCUCCUGUUUGAAAUAUGUUGGUGGAUCUCACAAAUGGGGAAAGUGGUUCAUUCCCAGGAAAUUUGCCUCCUCCAAAAAUUACAACUAUGACAACACCAACACUACAAGCAAACAAGAAGCUUUUGAUGAUAUCCCAGACAUAGAUGGAGAACCAGACAAGUAUGAACUGUUCUCAUGGGAUGUGCAGGUAUUGGUGAAUUUUUAACUGAAUUUACUGCCAAAACUAUUAGAGAAAUUAAGCUUCAUGUAUACGGCAAACGGCAAACGGCAGAUUCUAGUUGAGAAUUUCUUAAAUAGAAAAUGAGCAGUAAAACAGCUAAGAAAAUUCAUAUGUAUAAAAAAUUGCAUAAAAUGACUAAUUUAUGUGUAGAAGUAAUGAACAGUAGCAAAGCAAAGGGAAAACUUGGUCACUUGGAACAAAUUCGCGUUUGCUGUCUGACGUAAAUGUGAUGCUUGCCCUCUUUGUUACCACUUCCACUCUUACUAUCACAUUUUCUACACCUAAAAAAUUAAUCAUGAAGGUGCAGUAUUAUAUCUAACACUAGCAACACCACCCACUUCUACCACUACCACUUCCACUACUACCACUACCACUACCACCCAAUAUGACUACCACUACCACUACCACUACUACUAUCACUAUCACCAUCCACUACCACUAACACCACUAUGACCACCCAAUAUCACUACCAUUACUACUAGUAGCCACUACCACUACUACUAUUUCCACCACUACAAUAUACCAUUAACACUUCCACUACCCCUACCAAUACCACUACUUCUACCACUACCACCCACUAUGACUACUACUACCACUAUCACCCACUACUACUACCACCCAAUACCACUACCACUACUACUACCACUACCACUACUACAACCACUACCACUACUACAACCACUACUACCAAAUACCACUACCACUAGCACUACUACUAUUUCCACCACUACCACAACCACUACUACUAUUUCAACCACUACAAUGUACCACUACCACCUUCCCACUAUUACCACUACCACCCACUAUGACUACUACUACCACUAUCACCACUACCACUACCACCCACCACCACUACCACCACUAAUACCACUACCACUACUACCACCACUACCACUUCCACUAGCACUACUACUAUUUCCACCACUACCACAACCACUACUACUAUUUCAACCACUACAAUGUACCACUACCACUACCAAUGCCACUAUUUCUACCACUACCACUGCCACUACCACUACCACAUCCACCCACUAUCACUUCCACUACCACCCCUACAGAGUGUAUGGGGAGUACUGCCACCACUCCCACUGUUACUACCACCAACACCACUUGGCCUGCAAUCGAAUUUAAGCUUACAUGAAAUUUAUGAGUUCCUGCCUUCCUGCCUCCACCCCUGCAUCAUCAGUCAGUAUCAUUGCCAAGGCUAUGACAGGUUGAUCAAGUUAUGUUUACCCCUGGCUUUAAAGGAAACAGUAUUCAAGAGACAGUAAAUGUUUUUACCCUCUAAGCCAAAAAGAACUUUUUUUUGUUGUGGGCUACAACCAGUCUCAAAAAUGUUGAGAAACUCUCACAUCGGGAAUGGAACGUAAGAAGCGUGACUGAAGGGAGCAUGAGGAAUGAUGGGAAGGGGGAAAUGAAUGGAGAGGAUACAGAAUCUUCCAGUUAUCUCGCCUCUUCCUCCUUGCCAUCACCGCUCAUGUUUCCCUCGAGUGUCUUAAAAUCACUGCUAGUCACAUAUCUGUGAGAUAUAACACCCACCCACUCCCCUCCCUGUAUUCAAAGUUGUUCCCCUGAGGUUUGAACAUCAUCGCGAAUUGCUGGCAACUUUGAUAACAGGGGAAGGGAAAUCGCUAGAACAAGAUCAUGAGCAGGCCAUUUAAGCCCAAAAAUUUAAGGCUCACUGUCUCACAAACAUUUUUGCUUUGGUUUAGUUUAAAAAAAAUAAAUGAUAAUGAAUUAUUAUAAUAAUACAUUGUAAUGUACAAAUGUCAUCAAAUGUUCAAAAAUUUAUUUUCUUAAUUUUUAUUAUUUUCUUAGCCUGGUGAUUGCAUAGCUUUUCACAUGCUUACUCUUCAUGGAGCCAAACAAACCACCGACAUAGCUGGACGACAAGUGGUUGCCACUCGCUGGCUGGGAGAAGAUGCAACAUUUGCCACUAGGCCAUGGGAAACCUCUCCGAGCUACACUGGAGGAUUAAAACCUGGAGAUGCUUUCCACACCAGUGACACUUUUCCAGUUAUGUGGAGAUCAGAACAGUGAAUGGACAGAAACUCAAAGUUAAAAUUAUUAAUUAGGGUAAUAGGGCUAAGUUGAGCCCUGACUCAUCCCCACUACUGGCUGGGAGAAGAUGCAACAUUUGCCACUAGGCCCUGGGAAACCUCGCUGAGCUAUACUGGAGGGUUAAAAGAUGGAGAUGCUUUCCACACUUUUCCAAUUAUGUGGAGAUCAGAAUAGUGAAUGGACAGAAUCACAAAAUAAAUUAUAGUAAUUAUUUAUUCAGGUAAUAGGACUAAUUAAAGUCCUAACUCAUCCCUGCUCACUGGCUGGGAGAAGAAGAUGCAACAUUUGCCACCAGGCCUUGGGAGACCUCACCAGGCUACAAUGGAGAAAUAAAACCUGGAGAUGCUUUCCAAACAAGCGGCACUUUUCCAGUAAUGUGGAGAUAAGAACAGUGAGUGGACAGCAUACAAAAUUAUAAUAAUAUUAUUAAUUAGGCUAACACAGAUGUUAGGCUAAGUGGAGUCCUGAAUCAUCCCCAGUAGUCUCUAAUUAGAUGUGGGAAUCACACAUGAAAGAUGGAAUGCCAGAAGCAUGACCAAAGGGAGCAUGAAGCAUGAUGGGAAGGAGGAAAAUGAAUGCAGAGGAUAUAGAAUCUGCCAGUCAUCUCCCCUCUUUCCCCUUCCCAUCGCUGCUCAUGCUCCCCUUGACCCCACAGUCUUAAUAAGAGACUUAGGAAAGUCUAGAGAUGAGUUAGCAUUCAGUCUGUAAUCAUAGGAGCGAUUAAUAAAGUUGGACGAUCAAAUAGUGGGAGUUUGAUUUGUUUAAUCAUGAAUGUGAUUACAGACUGAACUGAAUGACACAAAGCUCUGUUAUCAAUUAAUUAUUGUUACCAUAACAAAAUUUGUGAUGAUUUAGGCUUUUUUAAUUAAUCCAUAAGAUACUCAAAGAGUUUUAAGCUAGAAGUAUUGAGUUAACAUGGUACCAGUAAGAGGUAAAUUUCAUUAGUCAUGGUCAAUAUGAUAUUUGCCUUAAAAUUUGACCAAAGCACAAGGUAAAGAUGGCUGGCUAUUGGCCAAGUUCUUGUUUGCUUUUUUAUGGACUAAGACAAAGUCAAGGUCAAUAAAAAUACAACCAGCUACCUUGACCAAACAAGCUUGGUCAAUAUAGGAUUUAUUAUAUGGCCAAAAAGAGAAAUUCUUCUUGCGGGACCAAAGCAGGAAAUCCCAAGCGGGCAGCCCAGGUAGCUAAUCAAAACACAGGAUUCAGCCUUACACUAGAGAAAAUUUUACUCGUAAAAUCAUGAAAAUGGAAUCCAUCAGGAAAUUGAGUAAACUUUCAGUAGACAAAAACCUUGU